AUGGAGACCUUCUUUAGGAGACACUUCCAGCGGAAGGCUCCAGGCCCUGGAGAGGGGCAGCGGCGGCCGAGUCGUGUGGGCUUACCCACGAGCAAGGCCCAGCGCCGCUCCCCUGUUGGCCAGGCAUCCUCCACGCUGGCCCAGCGGCGUCGCUCCAGCGCCCAGCUGCAAGGCUGCUUCCUGAGCUGUGGGGUGGGGGCCCUGGGCACUGGCCGACGCCGCUCCAGCACUGCGCCCCCUGCCUGCAACCCUCGCUUCACUGUGGACAGAGUGGCCACCUCUCAACCUGCCACGUUUGGGGCCCUGCUGCUGGCUGGGCUUGUGGGCAUGGAAGAGGAGGAGACAGAGGAGGGGGAGAGUAGGGCCCAGGAGGAGGAUGUGCAAACUGAGACAUCGAUUGCUACCAAGUCAGGGGACAAGAGACCAGAGUCGCCUCCACUCUUGAGUGCCAAGCCUCUGGUGCCCCGUUACCUACGCAGGUGCCAGGCCUCACGCCUACUCCCAGCUGAUAUGGUCUAUGACCCCACUUUCUGGGGCCUGCAGGGCUGCUAUCGGCGCCUCAGCCAGCAUCGGCCCACAGGCCAACACCCAGGCCCAGGAGGCCGAAGAUCUUCUGGGACCACGGCCUGCCUGGCUUUCCCCAGCCGUGUGUGCCCACUGUCCCGCCGGCGCCAGGUGGCCCUGCGGCGCAAGCCUGCCAGACCUCAGGCCUGGAGCACCCUGUUUGCGAAAGCCAUCACCAAAUCGGGCCUCCCACACCUGGCACCCCCUCCACCUGCACCUGGGGCUCUGUGUGGCGAGUCAGAGCGGCAGAUCCGGAGCACUGUGGACUGGAGUGAAUCAGCAGCAUAUGGAGAGCACAUCUGGUUUGAGACCAACGUGUCGGGGGACUUCUGCUACGUUGGGGAGCAGUACUGUGUAGCUAAGAUGCUGAAGUCCGUGUCCAGGAGGAAGUGCGCAGCCUGUAAGAUCGUGGUACACACGCCCUGCAUUGAACAGUUAGAGAAGAUCAAUUUCCGCUGUAAGCCCUCCUUCCGGGAAUCGGGCUCCAGGAAUGUCCGAGAGCCCACCUUUGUGCGUCACCACUGGGUCCACCGACGACGCCAGGAUGGCAAGUGUCGGCACUGCGGGAAGGGCUUCCAGCAGAAGUUCACCUUCCACAGCAAAGAGAUUGUGGCCAUCAGCUGUUCCUGGUGCAAGCAAGCAUACCACAGCAAGGUGUCGUGCUUCAUGCUGCAGCAGAUCGAGGAGCCCUGCUCGCUGGGUGUCCACGCUGCCGUGGUCAUCCCGCCCACCUGGAUCCUCCGCGCCCGCAGGCCCCAGAACACCCUCAAGGUGAGCAAGAAGAAAAAGAGAGCGUCCUUCAAGAGAAAAUCGAGCAAGAAAGGGCCUGAGGAGGGCCGUUGGAAACCCUUCAUCAUCAGGCCCACCCCAUCCCCGCUUAUGAAGCCCUUGCUGGUGUUUGUGAACCCCAAGAGCGGGGGUAACCAGGGCGCUAAGAUCAUCCAGUCCUUCCUCUGGUACCUCAACCCCCGGCAAGUCUUCGACCUGAGCCAGGGCGGGCCAAGAGAGGCGCUGGAGAUGUACCGAAAAGUACACAACCUGCGGAUCCUGGCCUGUGGGGGUGACGGCACGGUCGGCUGGAUCCUGUCCACACUGGACCAGCUGCGCUUGAAACCACCACCCCCUGUUGCCAUCCUGCCUCUGGGUACUGGCAAUGACUUGGCCCGGACCCUCAACUGGGGUGGGGGCUACACAGAUGAGCCCGUGUCCAAGAUCCUCUCCCACGUGGAAGAGGGGAACGUGGUGCAGCUGGACCGCUGGGACCUCCAGGCUGAGCCCAACCCUGAGGCAGGGCCUGAGGAGCGGGACGAGGGCGCCACCGAUCGGCUGCCUCUGGAUGUCUUCAACAACUACUUCAGCCUGGGCUUUGAUGCCCACGUCACUCUGGAGUUUCACGAAUCUCGAGAGGCCAACCCAGAGAAGUUCAACAGCCGCUUCCGGAACAAGAUGUUCUAUGCCGGGACAGCCUUCUCCGACUUCCUGAUGGGCAGCUCCAAGGACUUGGCCAAGCACAUCCGAGUGGUGUGUGAUGGCGUGGACCUGACUCCCAAGAUUCAGGACCUGAAACCCCAGUGCAUCGUUUUCCUGAACAUCCCCAGGUACUGCGCGGGCACCAUGCCCUGGGGCCACCCUGGGGAGCACCAUGACUUUGAGCCCCAGCGGCAUGAUGAUGGCUACCUCGAGGUCAUUGGCUUCACCAUGACAUCCCUGGCAGCGCUGCAGGUGGGCGGGCACGGUGAGCGGCUGACGCAGUGCCGGGAAGUGGUGCUCACCACGUUCAAGGCCAUCCCAGUGCAGGUAGAUGGGGAGCCCUGCAAGCUUGCAGCCUCCCGCAUCCGCAUUGCUCUGCGCAACCAGGCCACCAUGGUGCAGAAGGCCAAGCGGCGGAACGCCACCCCGCUGCACAGCGAUCAGCAGCCAGUGCCUGAGCAGCUGCAGAUACAGGUGAGCAGAGUCAGCAUGCACGACUACGAGGCUCUGCACUAUGACAAGGAGCAGCUCAGAGAGGCCUCUGUGCCUCUGGGCACUGUGGUGGUCCCGGGAGACAGCGACCUGGAGCUCUGCCGUGCACACAUCGAGAAGCUCCAACAGGAACCUGAUGGUGCUGGAGCCAAGUCCCCUAUGUGCCAGAAACUGUCCCCCAAGUGGUGCUUCCUGGAUGCAACUACUGCCAGCCGCUUCUACAGGAUCGACCGGGCCCAGGAACACCUCAACUAUGUGACUGAGAUCGCCCAGGACGAGAUCUACAUCCUGGACCCUGAGCUGCUGGGGGCAUCGGCUCGGCCUGACCUCCCCACUCCUACCUCCCCUCUCCCCACCUCCCCCUGCUCACCCACGCCCCGGUCACUGCAAGGGGAUGCUGCACCCCCUAAAGGUGAAGAGCUGGUUGAGGCCGCCAGGAGGAACGACUUCUGUAAGCUACAGGAGCUGCAUCGAGCAGGAGGUGACCUCACACACCGGGAUGAGCAGAGCCGCACGCUCCUGCAUCAUGCGGUCAGCACCGGCAGCAAGGAUGUGGUCCGCUACCUGCUAGACCAUGCCCCUGCAGAGCUCCUUGAUGCUGUGGAGGAGAACGGGGAGACAUGUCUACACCAGGCCGCAGCCCUGGGCCAUCGCACCAUCUGUCACUACAUCGUGGAGGCUGGGGCCUCACUCAUGAAGACAGACCAGCAGGGCGACACUCCCCGGCAGCGGGCUGAGAAGGCGCAGGACACAGAGCUGGCCGCCUACCUGGAGAACAGGCAGCACUACCAGAUGGUCCAGCGGGAAGACCAGGAGACAGCCGUGUAG